UUCAGGUGCUAGAGCCUCAGAACGUGGACCCCUCUAUGAUCCAGAUGACCUUUCUGGAUGAUGUGGUCCACUCCCUACUGAAAGGAGAAAACAUCGGUAUCACCUCCAGAAGAAGGUCACGAUCCAGCACCAACAACAACAAUGCCCAUAUGACGGGCGGGAGACCCAGCGGGACCACCGGCAGCACUCAGAGCCAUUACACACGAGCCCAGGCCAACAGCCCCCGUCCCAUCAUGAACUCAUCAGGCCCCAACCCGAAAGGUUCCCAGGGGACCCAGGCCUCGCAGCAACAGAGCCAGUCACAACAAAGCCAGCAAACAGCCAGCCAAUCACACAACUCGCCUGGCGGCAAUGCCAAGGAGCAGAGAGAGCAGCGCAACGCCCGCUCCUCCAGGAGGAAAGGAUCGGACAGCAGCGUUCCAGAGGAGGACAAGAGAGAGGAGCCCCCAGCCAGAGGUGAGGACAGGUCGCACGCUAGCAGCUAG